AUGGAGUAUAUGUCAGUUGAUUCAGAAGGAUCUGCUAGAGGCCUGCUGUGCAUUUGGGACCCAGAGAUCUUCAAGCUUAAUGGCUACUGCAGCAAUAGGAGAUUCAUUCUCUUCUCAGGUACAUUUCUAAAUUCGUUUGACUAUGUUUUGCUAAAUGUAUAUGCUCCCAAUGAUGCCAGCAUCAGGAACAUAUUAUGGGAAAUUCUUGUUAAGCUAAAGAGUAUUUUUCCUAAUCCAUGGUGUAUGGGAGGUGAUUUCAAUGAGAUAAGAAAUAAUGGGGAAAGGAUUGGCUUCUCUAGAAGGGACAAAGGGAUGAAAGAAUUUAAUGAAUUCAUAAAUAAAUGUGAGUUAACUGACUUACCAAUGCUUGGAAGGAAAUACACAUGGUGUAAUGCACAAGAAAAUGAGAAGUGGAGUAGGAUUGAUAGAAUUAUGCUCAGCCCUGAAUGGUUAAUCUCUUUCAAACUGAAGUUAUGGGGCUUACCUAGAUUGUUAUCUGAUCACUGCCCUCUCCUGAUAAGGAAGGAUGAGAGGGAUUGGGGCCCAAAGCCAUUCAAGUUUAUCAAUGCUUGGACUCUUCACCCCAAUUUUCCCUCUUUUGUGGAAAACACAUGGAAGGAAACUACAGUCAGAGGUGGUCCUGGGCAAGCUCUUUUGCAGAAGCUAAAGCUGCUGAAGCUAGCUCUCAAGAAGUGGAAUAGUGAAGUUUUUGGUAACAUCUCAACAAAUCUAAAAGCUGCUGAGGUAGAAUCACAUGAUCUAGACAUAUCAGUUGAAGAAAGGCCAUUGCUUGCAUCAGAAAGAGAUAGAAGAAGGGUGUUGCAAAAUGAAAUCUGGAAGCUAAGCAAAAUGAUGAAAUGGAUGUGGCAGCAGAAAUCUAGAGUUAAUUGGACUCUAAAUGGGGACAAAAACACUAGAUUUUUUCAUGUAAUGGCCAGCUGUAAGCAAAACAGAAAUAUCAUCAAUAUUAUCUCUGUAAAUGGAGUAAUCCAUAAAGAACCUGAUACAAUCAAGCAGGAGGCUCUGCUACACUUCAAGAAGCAGUUCACAGAAGAUUGGGCCAAUAGGCCAUCCUUGGGUGGAGUGUUCAAAUUAGUGCAAGUGAACCAUCAUUUCCAAGAGCUAGAAAUAGAAUUCUCUGAAGCUGAAAUUAAGGCAGCUAUAAAGGAGUGCAAUGGCAAUAAAGCUCCAGGUCCAGAUGGCUUCAACUUGCUUUAG